AUGCAGAUCAGCGCAGACUCAGACCACCGCCCCGCUGCAUCCGGCCCAGUUCCAUACACCAACACCUCGACUUCGUCCAAUGCCGACCUGCAAUCCGACUACGACAACGAGAUCAAGGAAUUCCACUUUCACCUCUACUGGUUCCAGAACAACAAGGCCUCACACGAGUCCGCCGUCAAACUGCGCGACCGGAUCCUCGAACUCGUCCGUCAGGGGUUCUUCCAAGUGGUCCCCCUCAAAAACGGUGUCAAUACCUCCCCUAGAGGUCCUCACCCUAUUGGAAGUUAUGAGGUUUGGUGUGCGAGGGAGGAUUUCGCACGUUGCUAUUCCUGGUUUGUGUUGAACAGGGGCCCACAUUCGAUUCUGAUCCAUCCCUUGACGAGGGAGGAGUUGGCCGAUCAUUCUUCGAGGGCUACUUGGUUGGGGACUCCUGUGCCUUUGGAUUUCACGGGAUUGAGUCCUCAUCUUGACCAUACUCCUUCGCAGUAUCCCGAGCUCGGUCUUGGUUACAAUGCCAAGAAGUAA